CAUAUGCUUGAAAUUCUCUCACGAAUUAUCAAUCGUUUUCCAAAAGAAACAGUUUGGGUAUUUAGUUAUGGAUCGGCGAUUAGAAAUCAGAAACAAAAAAAAAUGAUUGAUUUGAUAUUUGUGGUCAAAAAUGCUAUGAAAUGGCACCAGCAAAACAUUCUUCUAAAUAAAAGUCAUUAUUCUAUAACAAAUUCUAUGUUUGGGUCAAAAUUUUUAACCUACCUUCAAAAUUCUGCUGCUGGAGUUUUUUUCAAGACACAUAUACCAAUUGAAGAUAAAAUUGUAAAAUACGGUGUCGUGGAAGAGAGCAGGUUAGUCGCCGAUCUCUACAAAUGGGAUUACCUAUAUUUGGCGGGAAGAUUGCACAAGCCAAUAGUGAAUGUAGACCCUCCAGACACCGAUAUAAGGCUCAAAAACGCUUACGAAAAAAAUUUGAGCAGCGCUUUGAGAUGUUCUCUUCUAUUAUUGCCCGAAAAAUUUACGGAUCAGAUGUUAUUUCAAACGAUAACAAGCUUAUCAUACAAAGGAGAUUUUAGGAUGUAUUUUGCGGAGGACGUCAACAAAAUUAACAACAUAGUUGGCAAACAGAAAUCGGAAUUCAAAAUUCUUUAUAAGGAUCUUAUAACGAAUCAAUUCAAGCCCUAUCUACACGCCAAUAAUGAUUUGACACAUUUCGAACAAGAUACCAGGGAUGACGUCAUAUUUGCGCACUUGAAUCAGUUACCAUCCCAUUUAGCCUAUUUGCUACACAAAGAAUUUAUCCGAAAAUUUCGUAAAAUGUAUGAUCAAGAAGAGAGUUUUUCACUGAUGGCGAAAUGGCCCGAAUUACCCGUUUACAUAAAUAAAUGUUUAAGACGCAUAGUGUUAAUAUCAAGCGCUAAGCAAAGUUUAAAGGGUCUAUUCACAACAGGUAUCAUCAAUUCCCUACUUUAUAGCCUUAGAAAGCUUGGUAAAGGUAUAGACUCACAAUUCAACGUCAAAACGUAACUUAAAUAUACCAUCGACUAAUUUAAUUCUAUGAUGUCACAUAUUUCGCCAUAGUAUGCAGUAGUGCUAAACAACGCACAAGAGAGAAGAAAAAAAAAGGAAUACUCAUUUUAAAUAAUUUUUUUUUUUUAAAAAAAGAAGAAUGUUAUAAUUCUUGUAAUUUUCGAUUGUCGUAUUCGAUAUUAUAAAUUUAAAUUCCAUGUAUAGUUUGUAAUGCAAAUGCAUUCAAUAUUAUAAAGAAAGAGAAGA